CCGCAGGACCUCCCCGAUGACUGUUCCUGUUGGCAUUGCCCUCCGCCGACCGCUGCUCCCCGCGGUCCCCCCAGUGCUUGGCUCGGGGGAUUGGGGACCCUUGGCGCAAGCUUUGCCUCCCUCGUUGUCUUGGGGUGCCACGGCAGCCCUAGGAGAACCCACCCAGCCCCCCCAGCCCUGGGUGUCCCAGCCCAGCUCUUGACAGAGGCCACCUUCGGGCCCACCCCGAAACCUCAGUGCCAGCUCCAUUGGCUGUCAGGGUACCCAGGGCCACCACCGAUGUCAGAGUCACCCUGGGGAGAAGUGAGCAGCCCACGCGGCUCCAUCUUCCAACUGCUGUGUUCGCCUGCGGCCGUGCUGUGGAUACCAUGCAGCCCCGUUGCCUUCUCCUCUUCCCCUUCCUCUUCUUUCCUGGGACAUGGGCAGAGCCAGAGGCUCUCUCCCCCCCUCUCCGGCAGGCUCUCCCAUGCUCCAGCUACGCCAUUUCGUCACCUUCCAAAACGCCACGUCCAUGCAAGUGGGGGGGCUCGGCCUCGUGGGGGACAUUAACAUCGGUUGCGUGGACAGACGCACCUGGGACAUCCACUACCACCAGCCCUGGCUGCGCCCAGCCCUGCCCAAAGGUGACUGGGAUGUCAUCGAGAGCUCCAUCAAGUCAUACCUGCGGGAUUUCAACAGCCUGGUGCAGACGCUCAUCACGCACACCAGCAUGUCCUUCCCUUUCGUCUUCCAGUCCUCCAUAGGCUGCAAGCUCCAGCCCAACGGGACCACCAGGACCUACCUGGUCAUUGGCUACGAGGGCCAGGACUUGCUCCGGUUCCACCUGAUCAAGGGAACUUGGGAUCGGGUGCCAGAUAACGAGGUGUCAGCAGCCGCUGAGCAUUUCUUGAACAACGCCACCACCCUCAAUGAGCUGAUACAAGUGCUCCUCAAUGUCACCUGCGUUGACAUUUUGGAAAGGUUCACUGAGUACGGGAGGGCGGAUCUGGAGAGACAAGAGCCCCCCACUGCCACCGUCUUUGCCCGCACGGCCGGCCCGGCCCAGCUCCUGCUGGUUUGCCGCAUCACCGGCUUCUACCCGCGGCCCAUCAGCGUGGCCUGGCUGCGGGACGGCCACGAGGUGCCGCCGGGCCCGGCCCUGAACACCAGCGCUGUCCUGCCCAACGCCGACCUCACCUACCAAGUCUACAGCGUCCUGACCGUGGCUCCCCGCGACGGGCACAGCUACGCCUGCCGCGUCCGCCACCGCAGCCUGGGCACCCGCAGCCUCCUCGUCCCCUGGGGGAAAUCCAACGCUGGGCUGAUCGCAGGGCUCGGGGUUGCUCUGUUGGCAGCUGUGGUUGUGUCUGGUGCGCUUUGGGUGUGGAGGCGCAGGAAGUGCCAUUAAACGGAAGAAUGGAGCCCAGCAGCUUUCCCCUGAGCACGGCAGCCCCUUGUCUGCUUCCAACCCCUACCUCGGGCCACAACCUCCACCUCCCUCUGCUGUGACGAAGCUCCAGGCACCACCAGGAGCACGAUCGUCUCAGCAGGGAGCCACAGCCGGGAAAUACCCUCAAGCUGUGCCGUUAUUUGCGUAGCAGACGAGGAUGCAAGUCUGAGACCUCCUCCCCUGUUAGACAUAAUCACGUUGUACCUCGUGGCACCACCUGUGCACCUGCUGAGGCUCCCUCUGGCCCGCAUAGCAAUUUCCUCCAGGUUCCGUAUGAUAACAGCACUGUCAGCAGGCAGCACGCUGCACCCCUUCCACUGUCACUUCCUGGGUAUUUCUCUUAAAAGCUGCUUUUAUUAACCGUAUUCCAGAAAUAGCUGUGCUUCACCUGAUGUUACACGCAGGGUUAAGUGCACCCAAGUUGCGUUUAGGGCGCCGAGUAGCACGGCGCUCGGAGCUGAUCUGAGGGAGCUGCAGGCACGGAUCAAACGACAAUAAACCACUGAUGUUUUUGC